AUGGCAAAACGUGGUUAUAAAAUACAGGAAUUUGUGGCUCAUUCCAGCAAUGUCAAUUGUUUAACGAUCGGAAAGAAGGGGUGUCGUCUAUUCGUAACGGGAGGGGAUGAUCAUAAGGUCAAUCUAUGGACUAUUGGCAAACCAACCUCUGUAUCGAGCCUGUCUGGUCAUACUAGUCCGGUUGAAUCGGUUGCAUUUGAUUCGGGAGAAGUGUUGGUUCUGGCUGGAUCGUCAUCGGGUGUGAUAAGGCUUUGGGACUUGGAAGAAUCAAAGAUGGUUCGCACUGUUGCCGGGCAUAGAUCCAAUUGUACAUCUGUCGAGUUUCAUCCGUUCGGCGAGUUUUUUGCGUCUGGGUCCACGGACACCAAUCUAAAGAUUUGGGAUAAUCGGAAAAAAGGAUGCAUUCAUACAUACAAGGGUCAUAGCCAAGGCAUCAAUACAAUCAAAUUCACUCCGGAUGGCCGAUGGGUAGUUUCUGGUGGAUUAGAUAAUGUUGUGAAGGUUUGGGAUCUAACUGCUGGAAAGCUCUUGCAUGACUUCAAUUUCCAUGACGGACACAUUACGUCCUUAGAUUUCCAUCCGCUCGAGUUUCUUCUGGCUACAGGUUCAGCAGAUAAAACAGUGAAAUUCUGGGAUUUAGAAACCUUUGAACUCAUUGGUUCUGCUAGACGUGAGGACACAGGAGUACGCGCGAUAGCUUUUCAUCCUGAUGGAAGGACACUGUUUAGUGGACACGAAGAUGGUUUGAGGGUGUUUUCAUGGGAGCCUGUUAUUUGUCAUGACACGGUUGAUAUGGGAUGGACAACACUUGACGAUAUCUGCAUUCACGACGGAAAACUUUUGGGGUGCUCACACUACCGGAACUCUGUUGGAGUUUGGGUAGCAGAUAUAUCGCUUAUUGAGCCGUACGGGGAUGACUUGGAUCUCAAGAAAGAUGAAGGCACAAAGCAUAAACAUAUUCUUAAGGGAAGUAAACUUGAAAAAGUAGAGGUUGAUAUAGAACCAACUUCUGGUUUUCGCAGUAUGUCUCCUGAUGAGUCGAAAGAGAUAAAGAAUAUAUAUAUCGACUCUUCUGGUGGGAAGCCCGUUGCUUUACCGAAAUCAGCAUCUUUUAAUUCUGCAAAAGUAGAUCUCGCCGAGGAAUCCAAGGAAAUGUAUGACUUGGAAACGGCGAAGCAGAAUCCUGCGACAAAAGUUCAUGUAAAAUCAAAUGAACAAGCGACUAUAAAAACUCUCAUUAUGCAAAACAUUGUAGCGCAAGACAUUCCUGAUGCUAAGGACUCAACAAAACCUGUCAAAGAAACCAUCACUUUUUCAAAGACAAAGCCUGGGAUGUUACUUAAACCAGCUCAUGCCCGAAGAGCUUCCACGGGCAGAUUUGAUGUUGAUAAGUUUUCAGAUACCGCAAGUAAAUUAGACAAUGCGGAAAUUCCUAAGUUUCAAAGUGGUAUUGGAUCUCAGAAUGAAGCCAAAGAAUCUUGUGAAGAUAAACAUCCUAUCAAGAAUGUCACAGACAAGUCUGACAAAACUGUGUCUCCAUACAAUUUCUUUAACCUGACAAAACGUGUUGAGUCCUCUACAGGCAACGAAGAAAUUACUCCAGUUAAAUAUGUCAAUGGAGUUGCUGUUGUAAGAGGAAGGACUCGUUCUCUGGUCGAGAGAUUCGAAAGAAGAGAAAGUGUUCAAGGCAAUGAGGAUCAAAUUAAUCCACCUCUCCCUACAAUAAGCGAAGCAGGGAGAAGUAUUCAUAAUGAAAAUCAAACUAAUUCGUACCCUACAACGGUGUUUGAGAGGAAAGAAAUAAUUCCCUGCAAAGAAGAUCAAACUAGUGCAACUCCCUCCAUGGUAUGUGAGAGAAAAAAAAUAAUUCCCCGUGAUGAAGAUCAAACUUAUGAGUCCCCUUCUACGGUAUUUGAGGUAUUUGAGAGGAAAGAAAAAAUUCCCCGCGAUGAGGUUCAAACUAAUGCAUACCCCGCGACAGUAUUUGAGAGGAAAGAAAAAAUUCUCCGCGACGAUGGUCUAACAGAUGAAUCCCCCUCCUCGGUAUUUGAGAGGAAAGAAAAAAUUCCCCGCGAUGAAGUUCAAAUUAAUGCAUCCCCCGCUGUGGUAUUUGAGAGGAAAGAAAAAAUUCCCCGUGAUGAAGUUCAAAGUCAAACUAAUGUAUCAUCCUCUACGGUAUUUGAGAGGAAAGAAAAAAUUCCUCGCAAUGAAGUUCAAACUAAUGCAUUGCCCUCUACGGUAUUUGAGAGGAAAGAAAGAAUUCCUCGAAGUGUAGUUCAAACUAAUGCAUCCUCCACUACAGUAUUCGAGAGGAAAGAAAGACUUCCCCGCAGUGAAGUUCAAACUACAGUAUUUGAGAGGAAAGAGAGAAUUCCCCGCAGCGAAGUUCAAACUAAUGCAUCCCCUUCUAAGGUACUUGAGAGGAAAGAAAGAAAUCUCCGCAGUGAAGCUCAAACUGAUGCAUCUUACUCUACCGUAUUUGAGAGGAAAGAGAGAAUUCCCCGCAGUGAAGUUCAAACCAACGCAUCCCCCUCUCCGGUAUUUGAGAGGAAAGAGAGAAUUCCCCGUAGUGAAGUUCAAACUAAUACACCUCCCUCCACAGUAUUUGAGAGGAAAAGAAUUCCCCGCAACGAAGUUCAAACUAAGGCACCCCACUCCACCGUUUUUCUGAGGAAAGAAAGAAUUCUGCACAAUGAAGUUCAAACUAAUGCAUCUCCCGCCAUUGUAUCUGAGAGGAAAGAAAGAAUUCUCCGCAAUGAAGAUAGAAACAAUAUUCCCUCCCUUCCUAACACAACAUCUAACAUCGACGAAUCCUCCCGUCCAGACAUAAUGAAAGUUGAACCUCAAGUUUCUCAAAGGGAUUCAAACUCUUCAAAUGAAAUGGCAAUAGUCGAAGGUCUCAUGGAAACUCAUGAUGCAACAUUAAGUAAUCUCCGUUCACGCUUGACAAAAUUACAGGUGGUGCGACAUUUUUGGGAACGCAAUGAUAUCAAAGGUGCUAUCAAUGCAUUGAGAAAACUGCCAGAUCAAUCCGUUCAAGCCGAUGUUAUUAGUAUCCUUAUGGAAAAGAUGGAGAUUCUUACAUUAGAUUUACUUUCUUCCUUACUUCCUGUGCUCACAGGUUUACUAGAUAGCAAGACAGAAAGACAUGUAAAGGUGUCAUUAGAUAUGUUGUUAAAGUUUGUGGCAGUUUUUGGUUCGACAAUUAAGGCAACCAUUUCAGCACCUCCUUCAGUCGGGGUUGAUCUGCACCGAGAGCAAAGGAGGGAAUGCUGUAACGAGUGCUUUAUGGAACUGCAAAAAAUUCAAACAACUCUUCCAAUGCUCAUACGGAAGGGUGGUUUAUUGGCGAAAUCUUCGAUGGAGCUAAAUCUCGUUCUUCAAAGAACAUAA